GAGGGGGCCGGUCUGUAUCUGGUUGAGGAAGUCGGGUUGAAGUGAGGUGGGGAUGAGAAAUCAUCAUUUAGUUAGCUUGCUGGUUGCUGUUAGCCGCUACCUGGAGCCGACCGCCGAUGUGUUAUCAGUUUAGUAGCCGAAAUUAGUAAUUAUUUUUCUUUUAACGGGCGCAACGAUGACCCUCUGACACCAAGAAUGGACAUAAGUUAACAAUGACGGGGGAGAAAAAGAAGAAAAAGCGGCUGAACCGCAGCAUUCUUCUAGCAAAGAAAAUUAUAAUAAAAGAUGGAGGAAGUCCUCAGGGAAUUGGUGAGCCCAGUGUUUACCAUGCUGUGGUGGUCAUCUUCCUGGAGUUUUUUGCAUGGGGUCUCCUCACCACCCCGAUGCUCACGGUAUUACACCAAACAUUCCCCCAACACACAUUCCUGAUGAAUGGGCUUAUUCAUGGUGUAAAGGGCCUAUUAUCAUUUCUGAGUGCUCCACUGAUUGGAGCGUUGUCAGAUGUAUGGGGACGCAAGUCUUUCCUACUGCUAACGGUUUUCUUCACCUGCGCGCCCAUUCCACUGAUGAAGAUCAGCCCAUGGUGGUACUUUGCAGUCAUCUCCAUGUCCGGCGUCUUUGCCGUCACCUUCUCUGUGAUCUUUGCCUAUGUGGCUGACAUCACGCAGGAGCAUGAGAGGAGCACAGCAUACGGUUUGGUAUCAGCUACCUUUGCAGCCAGCCUGGUUACCAGCCCGGCCAUCGGAGCCUACCUGUCUGUGGCCUACGGUGACACCUUGGUGGUGAUCCUGGCCACGGCCAUUGCCCUGCUCGACAUCUGCUUCAUCCUUGUGGCGGUACCAGAGUCGCUGCCAGAGAAGAUGAGGCCAGCAUCGUGGGGCGCACCGAUCUCCUGGGAACAGGCAGACCCCUUCGCUUCUCUGCGUAAAGUGGGACAGGACUCCACGGUGCUGCUCAUCUGUAUUACAGUGUUUCUCUCCUACCUCCCCGAGGCCGGCCAGUACUCAAGCUUCUUCCUCUAUCUCAGACAGGUCAUAGGCUUUUCAUCAGAGACAGUGGCUGCCUUUAUCGCUGUAGUGGGGAUCCUCUCAAUACUAGCUCAGACGGUGGUGUUGGGGAUCCUGAUGCGUUCAAUAGGAAAUAAGAACACAAUUCUGCUCGGCCUCGGCUUCCAGAUCCUCCAGCUGGCAUGGUACGGCUUCGGCUCCCAGCCCUGGAUGAUGUGGGCAGCUGGAGCAGUUGCGGCCAUGUCCAGCAUCACUUUCCCUGCCAUCAGCGCCAUUGUGUCCCGUAAUGCAGACCCAGACCAACAAGGUGUUGUCCAGGGGAUGAUUACAGGAAUUCGGGGCCUCUGUAACGGUUUGGGCCCUGCUCUUUAUGGUUUCGUGUUCUACUUGUUCCACGUGGAGCUGACUGACACAGAUGGCUCUGAGAAAGGUGGCAAACCCAACAUGGCCAACCCCACUGAUGAGAGUGCCAUCAUCCCAGGUCCUCCCUUCCUGUUUGGUGCAUGCUCAGUUUUGCUGUCUCUGCUGGUCGCCCUGUUUAUCCCGGAGCACACGGGGCCUGGCAUGAGGCCCGGCUCCUACAAGAAGCACAGCAAUGGGGCACAGAGUCACUCCCAUAGCCCCCAGGGCAGUGGGGCAGAGGGCAAGGAGCCUCUGCUAGAGGACAGCAGUGUAUAACCUCAGCUAAGGAGGGCAGACACCCUCACUCCACCCCAAAACCCCUGCACACAUGGACAGAUACACACUUUUUACCACAUGGACACACUCGCACCUCAGGCACACAUCAGAGUCAAGUGCCGUGAAGAGGUGUCUGUGUAUUUGUGUCCACAGCACAAAAGUGGGCACUCGUUCCUUAGCAGCCCUUUUCUUUUUUUAAAAGCAGGGUAUUGUGAGGACUCUCUAAAGACCCUGUAUGAAGAGAGUGUGUUGACUAUUUUUUCGGGCUGCAGUGGAAAGGCGUGUGACUUCGCUGAGCUGGACUCUAUUCCUUGGUUUCUAUAAAGCAGUAACAGAGUGGAGCAUACAGCAGCCCCCCCACACACGCACACACACACACACAAACACACCUCCCCUCCCCACCC